CACUUUGAUGUCAUCCGCCUGUCGGAUCUUUCGGCGCCGCAUCAAGUCGAACAAGCCUUAAGAAUCAUAGGUAGCUAGUUAGUUAGGGUUAGGGUGUGGUUUAGGGUAAUGGUUUCAUAAGACUCGAAACAGCAACGAUUUAGUGAGAGCCGUGUUUUUCUACGCUGGUAUGAAUCUUUCCGGAAUUUUUACACCAAGUAGCAGCAUUACAGAGCAUCUAUCAAGCUGUUGCACUGAUCUGUUUGUUUCAGGCUUGAGAGUUGGAUUCACCUUCUCCUCAAACAUGACAUCAGAGAUGAUGGGAGAGUGGAUGGAUGUGCCGGGAAUCCUGAUAUUUCUCUGUGUUCUGCUGUUCGUGAAGCACAUGUAUGAUUUUCGAUUCAGCAACAUGCCUCCUGGUCCCUUUCCUCUGCCCUUCAUUGGAAACCUGAUGUGCAUCGGUUUUAAUGAUCCAAUGGAGAUCUUUCCGAAGAUUGCCGAGCGAUAUGGAGGCGUGAGCACGCUGUACCUUGGAAGAAGACCCUGUAUACUGCUCACUGGAUAUGAGGCUUUCAAAGAGGCUUUUGUGGAACAGGCGGACGUGUUCACGGAACGGCCGUUCUUCCCUGUAAAUGACAGAAUCUGUAACGGGAAAGGUCUGAUCUUCUCCGGCGGCCACAUGUGGCGCCAGCAGAGGCGUUUUGCUGUGGCGACGCUGAAAUAUUUUGGUGUGGGAAAGAAAACCCUGGAAAACUCAAUUCUGCAGGAGUGUCAGUUUGUUUGUGAGGCUUUGCGGGCGGAACGAGGUCUGCCGUUCAACCCUCAUGACCUGUUGAACUGUGCAGUGGGGAAUAUAAUAUGCAGUUUGGUUUUUGGCUACAAGUUCGAAUACGACGACCAACGUUUUUAUCAGCUGUUGAAGUACUCGGACGACACCUUUAAACUGCCUAUCAAUAGAUGGGGUCGGCUGUAUAACGAGUUUCCAACCCUGAUGUCCUUUCUGCCGGGGCAACACCAGACGACGUUUGCCAACCUUUCCAAGCUUAAGGUCUUUUUUCAAGAGGAAAUUCAGAAACACAGAGAAGACCGAAACCCAUCCAGUCCCAGAGAUUACAUUGACUGUUAUCUGGAUGAAAUGGAGAAGACUAAGGACAGCGAAGCCGAGUUCACAGAAGAAAAUCUGAUCCACUGUUUGCUGGAUCUGUUUGGAGCGGGAACAGAAAGCACCACUAAAUCACUCAGCUGGGGUUUGCUCUAUAUGGCCAAGUACCCAGAAGUGCAAGAGAAAGUUCAGGCAGAGAUCGAUCAUGUGAUCGGACAGACGCGUCAACCGCUGAUGGAGGAUCGGACGCACCUGCCGUACACUUACGCUGUGAUUCAUGAGGUUCAGAGGUUUGCAAACGUUCUUGCCUUCAUUCCACCGAGAGUCGCCUGCAGAGACACAACAGUGGCCGGAUAUCUCAUUCCCAAGGGUGUGAUGGUUCUUCCAAUGCUGAAGCCAAUCCUAGAGGACAAGAAUGAGUACAGCGCUCCACACGAGUUCAACCCCGCGCACUUCCUAGAUGAAAAUGGGAAAUUUCAGAAGAGAGAAAACUUCAUUCCCUUCUCAAUAGGUAAGAGGAUGUGCUCAGGUGAGCAGCUGGCUCGUAUGGAGCUCUUUCUCCUCUUCGCCUCUCUGAUGCAGAGUUUUACCUUCCUGCCACCUGAGGGAGGAACUCUGAGUCUGAAAAGGACGGUGGCCGUCGCAUCUGGUCCUAAACCCUUCCGUAUACGCGCCAUACCGAGAUAAUGAACCUGAAAAUGCUGAACCAAACCUGUAAUGGAAAUAAGUAAGGGAGUAGGCUAAAUAAUGGAGAAUAAAGUGCAGUUAAAGUUUUUUUCUACGGGACGAGUUAAAACUCUAAUUUCUAAUUAAUAGAAAAUAACUAAUAUAUCUCAUUUCAUAAUGUAAACCUUGACGUCUAAUGUAAACAACUGCUUUCAAAUGGGAUGAGAUGCAGCAUAGUUCUCGUUAAAUGCUGGGUAACGAUGUUGUUGAGCUAAUUAAUAAAGGUCCACAAACUAAAAUCGAAUCCCAUCAAAUCAUAACAUGUACCUACCUGUCCAGAAGUUACCAUGGCAUGAUCUUUGAAACCCUUUACUCCUGUAGUUGCUCUCAGCGUGGAAAAGCAACACUCCCGUUUUGGCCAGGAUUUUCCCGUUUUUCCACACCCAUCCCCUGUGAAACCUCCGUAACACAAUCACGAACAGACCGAGUGGGAAACCCUCGGAAAGCAACCGCCAGGGACCGGAAUGCAUUCGCGAAUGGAAUUCUGCUUUCACCUCUUUGCUGAUUAGAUGUUUUUAGUCGUGGCAAUCUCUUUUUGUUCGUCCUUUACAAGUGCCACUUGCAAACUUGCACACAUUUAACAUGGGGAAAGUUAGGUUCCAGCUUUUUACCUGCCAUUCUCCCGCUGUGUAUGCACAGCAUAUGUGACCGUGCUGAUGACGUAUGGUGUCUGCGUGAACAGAGUGUGCAGUAGGACGCAAAAUACAUUAACUGAAAAUGUACGCACGACCUAUCAUUAUAGGCGAACGUUAUUUUGGUCCUACACCUUUCACAGACGAUAUAUAAUUAGAAAAAUGCCAUUGGACCACUUUACUUAUUGAUUGCUAUCAGGAUGUGAAGAAAUUUCCAACCAACGUGACAAAAAAAAUUCUGGACAGGAUCACCUAUUCUGCCUUUAACACAUUUAAAACCAUUCCGCCAUGCCGAUAACUUACAGAAAGGUUUCAUUUUAGCAGCGCUGAAUUUUUAGAAUUAAUCAUCGAAUUAUCACCCCAGUUAUACAUGAAACGGACGGGAAUGGAGCGCUGUUUUUUCUGUAAUUUUUCUUUUAUCUAAUUAUUUUCCUCUUUAACAUUUUCACUCAUUAGAGGCAGUAAGAAUGUCACUUUCAAUGCGGUAGAAUGUGGCAGCGGGGAUGCGCAUCGUCUAAGCUGAGCGUAGCUGCGCCUGGUCAUAGUUUUAGAUGGUGCAACAGGUGUAAAUAUUUAUCACAAGUCUGGUCGUAGUUAAGUCCGACAUUGGGCUUACACCCAACUUUUCUACGUCCAGCUGGUGCAACCGGCCCCAGGUGAAUAGUAAACAGAGAGAAAUAUACCCAGCUUUAAUGGACGUUCACACUACAGUAUAACGAUAAAUGACAACUAAGUUAUAAAUUAAAAAAUAUAUUCUAAAUGAAGGAAUCUGCAUCGUGCGAGUGUAGAAUUAACAUAAAGGUUAUCGUCUGGUGUGGACGCAAAUAUAGGUGUAAUUAUUGUUACAGUCAUCUCAAAUCCUGGAUGUAUCCCUUGAAUGCGUAUUGCAGACCUUUCUGUCUGAAAUCAGCGUGUCAUUUUUCCAGAGAUUCUUCACUAUUUCCCCAGGGAGUGCCCAAAAUUACACUGGGAGCGCAUGGCUGAUACCGAAAGGGGGCGGGGUUUUGCGAAGGGUCUAUUGUAGAUAACGCAAACUAACAUAAAUGUGUGCCUUUUCUUUCUUUAUGGUAACAUUUUAAUAAAUCACACAAUGUGUAAAAACACUAAAGCUCGUCUUUUGCACACGUUAGACCAGAUAUACAUUUGAAGUGCAAUAAUGUCUAUUAGAGAUCUGUCUGCUGUACUGGACAUCUUUAGAGACUCAUGACUACAUACAUUGCUAAUUUAUUUGAAAUCAUUUAUCAGUUGUUUCAACAAGUCAGCAUUUUAGUUUAGGUUCAGUUUCUUUGGACUGUAUCAAAAGGACUUUCAGUUAAACUGUUGUCAGCGGUAUUUAAAAAGUAGGCAAAAACUGAUUUUUAGUGUUAAUCAUUGAAGCAGAUUUAAAUUCAUGUAAAUGUUUGAAUUGACAUUUCAACUGACUUUCCUGGCAGGACUACGGAGAAUAGUGUGCAAGACAUAAAACUCAAACUUAUUGUAAUUGCUUAUAAGUGUAUGUUGGACUCUGGUUGGCUGAAUCCUAUUUUAAAGGUGUAGUAUGUAAAUUAGUAUGUAAAAUGUUUAUGGAUGAUAAAGUAAUAAAGUUAUAUAAAUGUUGCGUUUGAUGACAUGGAUUUAUUUCAUUAUAGUGAAUUAGACGUAAUUCGUCAAAUAAAUUAAU